AUGCUGAGGACUGACUACAUUUCGAAUCAGUCGUUGCAAUUUGGAUUAGGUGUGAGCAAAGUAAGUGGGCAAUAUAAGGUGCUCUGCAUCAAUGAGGGUGUUUGGUCCGACUCUCAUCGUGUAUACACCCUCGGAACAGGAACAUGGAGGCGCGUUAAAGCCGGGGCUGCUUCUAGUUUCAGAUUCUGGGGUGUACCCAUUAUAUGUAAUGACAACCUCCAUUGGAGAGCAUAUGAUUCGAGGAAUCGCAUAUGGGUAGUUUGUGGUUUUGACGUUGAAUGUUUUAGCGUCUUCUAUCUGCUUCCUGCUGGGAUUGGAAAUGGGAAAUUGUCCGUUUUGAGGGACUGCGUGUGUUAUUCGAACUACACACGCAGCAACGGUGAAAUUUUCAUCUGGAUGAUGAAGGAAUACCAAGUCAAUGAAUCUUGGACCAUAGGGUACAAGAUGAGUACUACUGAUUCUGAUUUAUCUUUUCGUAGGCUAUAUAUACAUGUCGAAGCAAUUAAACAUUUUAAAGAUGGUGAUGUUUUGAUGUUGCUGGACCAUUCUAUUCUAGUGUACUCCUCCAACUACACAAGGACUCUUCAACAAGUUAAUAUGUUGAAUGAUACAGAUGCAAAGAAGUGUUAUGCCCUGAUUUUCAAUCCUAGCCUUCUCUCACUUGAGAGUUUUGGAUUCGAGAAUGUGAUCUCGUUUUAG